AUGGUUUGACUAUAAAUCGGUUAUAUGUAUAUCUGAGCAGACGUUUGUUUUCUCCUUUGCUAUUGGAAAGUUUUUUUAAACUAAUGGAGAGGAUUGGGGUUCAAAACCCAAUUUUGCUGCCAUUUCUUCUUGUUCUGCUUUUCCUCUCCAACUGUUCUGCUUUGAAUCAAAACGACGACGUAGAAGAAGACUCCGGGUCCGAGCAUGAACGGGUUAGCGUCCGGGUCGGAAUGGUAUUGGAUUUUGGUUCCGUGGAGGGGAAGAUAGUAGGGAGCUCUGUUUCCAUGGCGCUCUCCGAUUUCUACGCCAUUAACAGUGAUUACAGAACAAGAGUCUCUCUCUCACUCAGAAACUCCCACGGAGAGCCUCUCCUUGCUCUCGCUUCUGCCGUAGAUCUGCUGCAAACUGUAGGAGUCGAAGCGAUUAUUGGCGGGAAUUCGUUGCUCGAGGCAAAGCUUUUGGCGGAGAUUGGGGAGAAAGCUAGAGUUACUGUGAUUUCACUUAACUCUCCGAUUUCAUCGUCGUUGAGAAAAUACAGCCAUUUGAUACAAGCGACACAUGAUUCUUCCUCCGAGGCAAAGGGAAUCUCAGCUUUCAUCCAUGGGUUUGAUUGGAACAGUGUUGCUCUUGUUUACGAGGAUGACGAUGACUGGAGAGAGAGUAUGCAACUCCUGCUGGACUAUUUCCAUGAAAACGGCGUUCGAGUACAGUCCAAGGUUGGUUUUACAGUCUCUUCAAAUGAGGAAUUGAUGAUGGAUCGGUUACGAAAUCUGAAGGAUUUGGGAACGACGGUCUUUGUGGUUCACUUGUCUGAGCUUCUUGCAGGUCAUCUCUUCUCAUGUGCAGAGAAAGUAGGGAUGAUGGGUGAAGGGUUUGCUUGGAUCCUCACUGCCAAAAGCAUGAACAGUUUCCAUGACAACACUGACGAUUUUGCAAAAGAUGCGAUGGAAGGUGUGGUUGGUUUCAAGUCUUACAUUCCAGUAUCAAAAGAGCUUCACAAUUUCACUUCGAGAUUGAGAAAGUCACAGCCUUUAGACGAAUUUGUUGGCUCUGAGAUAACUCGGAUGAGCAUCUCUGGCGUAUGGGCUCACGAUGUAGCCUUGGCACUGGCGAGAGCAGCGGAAGUUGCAAGUAUGUCAAAUGCAUCAUCAACUCUCCUUGAGGCAAUCACAGAGUGUAGGUUUAAGGGUUUGAGUGGUGACUUCCAAUUGGAUGAUAACAAGUUGUUGUCAGACAAGUUUGAGAUUGUGAAUUUGAUAGGAUCAGGUGAGAGAAGGGUGGGAUUCUGGAAUGCUAAUGGUAGUUUCAGCAAUAGAAGACAUUUGUCUUCUGCGUUGGAGACCAUAAUCUGGCCAGGUGGGUCUGCUCAAAGUCCGCAAAGGCGCAAUCUUGGAGAAAGCAAGAGAAAAAAGCUGAGGGUUUUGGUUACAUCGAGCAACAGAUUCCCAAGACUGAUGAAGGUGGUGACUGAUUACGUUACAAAUGUUACUACUGCCGACGGGUUCUGUAUAGAAGUCUUUCGUGCGUCCGUUGACCCUUUCAACUAUGAAUUGGAGUUCAUACCUUGGCGCAAUGGAAGUAACUACGACAACCUUGCAUAUGCAAUGUAUAGCCAGAAAGACAAAUAUGAUGCAGCGGUGGGAGAUAUUACAAUCACUUCCAAUAGAUCGACGUAUGUUGAUUUUACGAUGCCAUUCACCGAAAUGGGUCUUGGAAUCGUAGCACCAAAGGAGAGAAGUAUGUGGGUGUUCUUCCAACCUCUAACACCAGACCUUUGGUUAACGAGUGCAGCUUUCUUUGUCUUGACGGGCAUUAUAGUUUGGUUGAUAGAAAGACCUGAGAACACUGAGUUCCAGGGAUCUUGGUCACAACAGAUUGGAGUUAUGCUUUGGUUUGGCUUCUCUACCCUUGUUUAUGCUCACAGGGAGAGGCUAAAACACAACUUAUCAAGAUUUGUAGUCACAGUUUGGGUAUUUGCAGUGCUCAUAUUGACUACAAGUUACACAGCAACAUUGACUUCUAUGAUGACGGUGCAACAAAUACGAUUCAACUCCAAUGAAGACUUCGUGGGUCACCUUUCGGGCUCCCUAAUCGCAAAUCAUGCCCUAACCCGUUCCAGCCUCCGAGCAAUGAAAGCCAAGGGUCUCAAUACUUCUGAAGAUUAUGCUCAAGCCUUGUUGAACAAAACUGUCUCAUUCAUUGUCGAUGAGUUGCCAUACCUCAAUGUCGUCCUUGGAGAGAAGCCUGCACAGUUUCUCAUGGUCAAGACACAAUGUACCACCAAUGGUUUCGGCUUUAUGUUUCAGAAGGGCGCUGAGUUGGUGCCUCGUGUGUCCAGGGAAAUCUUGAAUCUAAGGACGACCGAGAGGCUAAACGAUAUGGAGAAAAGAUGGUUCGAGAAUCAACUUCCGUACACAACAGAUGAUACAUCAAAUCCUGUUAAUCUUUACAGAUUCCGCGGUUUGUUUAUGAUCACUGGAGUUUCAUUUGCUUUCGCCCUUGCAGUCUUACUCAUUCUCUGGCUAAGAGAUAGAUGGGAAGAUCUUGUGAACUCGGUCAACAUAUUCCUCUCGCGACGACUUAUACAUUUCAGGAUCCUCUUCGCAAGAACUAUUCAUCCGAGUCCCUUCGAUGACGCCAUUGGCGAUAAUGCGGUUCAAAUGGCUCAACGUAACAGACAAUAGGAACUGAUUCACAGAGCAAAAAGGCCAUUACCAUUCCUGUAGCAUCUCUAGUACAAGUGAAGUAGAUGCUCCUGUUCUUGUACAUGAGUCUAUCUGUAGCUUACACAGUUGUUGUUAUGAACUUACAUGGUACGGUCUCUGAUUCUUGACACAACCCUUGCUUAUAAAUUUGUAGAUGUAAUCUAUUUUUCACACUGA